AUGGCGGCGUGUGCGCGGGCGGUGGGGCUGGUGCGGCUGGGGCGGGCGCGCUGGGCGGCGUCGCUGGGGGCGCAGGGGCGCUGCGUGGGGCUGCAGCGGGCCGAGGGGCCGGCGGGGCUGGCGGGGCGGCUGGUGGUGUGGGAGCCGGCGGGCCCGGUGUUCUCGGCGGGGCUGCGGCCGGGGCUGGCGGAGGGCGGCGAGGAGGCGCGGCGGCUGCGGGCCACGGGGGCGGCCCUGGAGCGCGUGCGGCGCGGCGGGCUGCUCACCUUCCACGGGCCCGGCCAGCUGGUGGCCUACCCGGUGCUCGACCUCCGCCGCCUGGCGCCCGCGCCCCUGCCCCUGCGCGCCUACGUGGCCGCCCUCGCCCGCCUCGCCCGCACCGCCGCCGCCGCCCUCGGCCUCCCGCAAGCCCGCGCCCGCCCCCCGCCCCACACCGGCCUCUGGCUCGGCGACAGCAAGCUCUGCGCCAUCGGUGUCCACUGUGGGCAGCACAUAACAUCACACGGACUGGCUCUGAACUGCUGCACCGAUUUGUCGUGGUUUGACCACAUCGUCCCCUGCGGGCUGGAAGGCACGGGGGUCACCUCGCUAAGCCAAGAGCUCGGAAGACAUGUCUCCGUGGAAGAAGCCACCGGGCCUUUCUUGGAUGCUUUUCAAGAGGAGUUUAACUGCACUUUAACGGACUGCGAAGUGCCUUGAAGCUAGAAAAGAUUUCAACAGGCCACAUUUCAGAGGAAAAAAACUGGCCUUAUGACAGUGCUCAAACUGCUUUUUUCUACAGAAGACACAAAAACUUAAAGGCAACGUAUGCAUUAUGUAGGAGGGUACAUUUUUCUGUGUCAGAACAUUGGGCCCACUUGCAUCCUGGGAACUCUGUGGAGACGGAAGUUUAAGGGACAGAAAAUACUGAGUUCCUUCAAUAAAACUACAGUUCCCAGGUAUCCUUGCCUAACUGCUGAAGACCAGAGGUGGACUAUGGAUGAAAAGACACUUAUUUUUUCAUGUUUAAUAUGUGUAAAAAUGAGUCUGUGCACCUUUAAAUAUAAAUUGCAUUCAAACACC